ACGGUGGGGAAAAAAGAGAGCGAGGGAGAAUAACGGGACCGGGUCGGUGUGGGAAUAAAACACAAAGAGGGAAACGCGGCCGUGCGUAAAAGCCGCAGCACUUUGACGAGGCUGUGAUCAUCAAACUGGAUCUCUACUUCCUCCCUUCCUGGCAUCUGUAAGGAUGCAGAUGGGGCCUGAGUAGCCAGCGGACCACUGGCACGACAGAAGAGUAGGAGAGAGGGAUGAAGACAUUCUUCAUUCUCCGCCUGGAUGACAGACUUCCCACAGAUCUGCUGAUUCGCCCCAUCAGCUUUCCUUAGCGCUCAGCUGGUCUCGUAAUAAAACCAGACUGUUGGAAAGUUGAGGACACACACACAUUCCCACACAGACACACUUUUUUUUUUUUUUUUUUUUACUCCCUCUUGCUCAUCUUUUGGCAGAACACACAUAUUGACGUUCUCGUGGAAGAGCACCAAAGCCUGCUGUUAGCAAAGGUACUAUCACUUCUUACAGACAGACUUAAGCAGCAGACCACACAAACGCUGCAGUGACAUCAUGGCAAACAUGUGCCCAUAUGGCCGUUUCACCCACGCCGUGGUGAGGGGGAUCCCGGAGAGCUUCGGGAAGGCGGCAGGGGACGGACAGGAGAACGGGGAGAACUCAGUGGACCUGGCCAAAGCUCAGCGUCAGUUCGGGGUGCUGACCGGAGCCCUGAGGCAGAAGGUGGGCCUGCAGCUGAUCGAGAUCCCCCCCGACCCUGAGCUGCCGGAGAGCUGGAGGAUAGAGGACGUGGCUGUCAUCCAGGGAGACACAGCGCUCAUAACCCGGCCCUUCAACCAGCAGAGACGCAGCGAGGUGGAGGCGGUGAGGAGGGUGAUGACAGAGCUCAACCUGAGGGUGGUGGAGAUGGGGUCGGAGGAGGGGGGCUCCGGAGGGGCCACGCUGGAGGGCAGCGACGUCCUUUUCACCGGGAGGGAAUUCUUCGUCGGCAUUUCUUCCCACACCAACCACAGAGGGGCGGAGGUGCUGGCAGACACUUUCAGGGACUUUGCUGUGUCCACUGUCCCGGUGUGUGGCGGAGCUCGACUCAAAAACAUCUGCUCCAUGGGAGGCCCAGACACCAUCAUCAUCAGCAACAGCGACGGGGCCAAGAAGACACUGCGGAUGAUGGAGCAGUUGACUGACCACCACUACGAAGUGCUCACUGUCCCAGAGGAAUCAGCAGCGAAUUGCAUCUACAUCAAAGGCCCCUCCAAACUGGACUACCUGCUCCACCGGCCCGCUGAGGAGUGUCCUGACAGCGUCUCGGCCUUCCAGAAACUGCAGGACUACACCCUCCUCCCCGUGGCCUGCAGCGAGGCCUCCAAGCUCGGCGCGUCGCUCUCCUCGCUCUGCCUCCUCAUCAACAGAAAGCAUACGUAUUUCUGAAAAGAAUAUAUUUUUAAUAAAGAAAUUCCCCACAUGCUGUCACAGCAGACAGGAAAGGCCUCUGAAACAGCUUGUAGGCAACGUCGCACUAAUGCUUUUCAUUGAAAUUCAAUUCUUGGUGGGGGAAAUUACCCAGCAUUUGUAUGAGAAAGAGUACUAUCCAAAUGUAAUGUGAACUAACAAUUGACUUAACAGCCUGGGCUCAGUUUAAGUCUGCAAGGCCUCAGUGUGUUUAUUCUUGGCACAGCUGCACCCCCUGCUGAGGGGAAUGUGCAACAUGCUGGUCUCCACACUUAGCCCAAAUUUAUUAAUGCAAUGCCAUCACUAAAUGCAGUUGUAGCUUCUCACUGUUGUAGCUUGUAGGUCAUAACCACUUAAAUAAUUUCAUUUCCCAUAGAGCAUCAUAAAGCCAACAUUGCCAAAACAUCUGAUGUGUGAAAAUAGGGUUUAUGGAGUGCAUUUGUCUGGAGAUUCAAGGAAAUCAACUUUAUAAUUUUAGGUUCAGUUUGCAGCCCAUAUUAGUAGAACUGAUUGUUAGUAUGAAUUUCAGUAGGUUUCUCAAAAGCAGAUUUCAGUGUCAUUUAUGGUACAAGUAGCAACAUAGAGAAAUGAGGAUAUUUUUCCCCUAAAUGUGUCAGUGUUCUAGCUUUUGUAUGUUUGAAUUUGUAUCAGCUGUAGAGAUGCCAAUAAAUUCAACUGACCUUAUGAACCAUA